CCUUUUCCCUUAUAAACCACAGUUUAGCUUCUUCUUCUUCUUCUUCUCUUUAAUUCUCUCCUUCUCUCUCUAUCUCUAUUUCUCUCUCUCUCUCGAUGGAUCUUGUUGUUUUCACAGAAGCUAAUUCGGCCCAAAUCCAGCACGUGAACCGGAAAUCCUCCGACGAGUUGCUCCAGAAGUUCGCAGAUCCUGACGUCGACGACGAGUCAAAGUCAACGAAGCGCCGGAAGAAAUCAGCUAAGUUGAAUUCUCGAGAGAGCGGCGGCGUUGACAUCGAAAACAACACUAUUGGGUUUGUGGAGAGGAAACGGCUCUUGCUUGCUCCGGCGAGUAAACGGCGAUCUCUGUUUCUCCGGCAGAUUGCUUCUGGAAAAUCACAUCUCAAGAACAAGUCUCUCGUCAGAACUAUUGGCAAGACAUGGCGUAAAACAAUGGAAGGAGCUUCGAGAGUUUUCAUCGAGAGGCAUUAUUAUAACAGACACAGACGUCUCAUCAACGACGUCGUUUAAACUUCUGCAACUUUGUUUUUCUUAAAACGAGAAUCUCCAACGUCUUAACUCGCAAUUUUACAUUCGUUACAAUUUAGUAUUUAAUUUUUCUUUAUCUUCUUUAAUUAACUCUUAUAGUCAAAUCACUUUCAUGGUAAUACUCUGUGUUUUCAUUUUGCGAAGAUU